AUGUCGAAACUGACAUACAUCAAGAAGGACAUAUUCUCGGCACCUGAGAACUCCAUCCUAGUUCAUGCAUGCAACGCUAAAGGUUCUUGGGGUGCUGGAAUCGCGUUAGCAUUUCGCGAGCGGUAUCCAGAAGCUUUCAUUGUGUACAACCAACAUUGCAAAGAAAAAGGCUCAACAACACUGGGCACUUGCCUUCUAAUCCCAGGCGAGCGCCAUGACAUCGCGUGCUUGUUCACGUCGAAUGCAUACGGCAGACAGAAGGACAAGCCCGAGCAGAUUUUAGGCGCUACAAGGACCGCGAUGAGCGAUUUAAUCAGGCAGAAUACCAAAGGAAAGGAAAUACAUGCUUGUCGAAUAAAUUCUGGCAAGUUUGGAGUGCCAUGGGUCGACACUGAAAGAAUACUGGAAGAGUUAAACGUGGACAUGAUAAUCUACGAUCCUGUGGUUCCCGUGGAAUAG